AUGUCUUUAACCACAGCACUUCGACCCGUCGCGCUACCGUUUAGCGCAGGUCCAAGACGGGAGAAUGCUUCAACAGACAAUGCCCCCACCCGACCGUUCCACCACGAAGUCAACUACCUCAACCUCCAUCGCACCCUCAUGCGAUACCAGCAUUUGAUCCUCCUCACGCCAACCUUUUCUCCCAGUAAUAGUAAUACCGCAGAGUUAACCCCGUUGCAAAAGCAAGUCCAGGCUGAGCUGUGGUCCCCAUUGCCAUUCCAUCGCACCAAAUGGCUACACAAUGUCGAGGGAGCUCGGACGUUACUUCUACAACUAGAGCGAAAAGCGCAGAGUAUUCGUGUCCAGCGGGCUAAAUACGAGGCCGUCAAAGACUUGGCCGAGAAGAGAGCGAUCAUCAAGAGAUUAAAGGAUCGAAUAGAGGAGAUCGGGAGGGAGGUUGACAUGAUGGGCUCGGAUGACUGGAAGCCGCCCAUUGGCGAAGGAGAAGAAGGGGAAACUCUUUACGACUUUCUGCAGAAGCAGGCGAACUCUCAAGCAACCAACGGCGCAGCAAAGGAGAGAGUGCAAGACGAUCGGCUAAGAGAAGGAAAACCGAUCGAAAGCGUGGAGGAGGAACGGCCCGCAGCGGUUGUGCAAGACGACAAAGAUACAAGAGAAGAGUUAUUUGGGCCAUCGAGUCCGCGGCGACGGGGUAAAGGACAAGCUGAGGCCACGAGCAAAUCUGGGGCGCAGGCGAGCGGCGUCUCAAAUCUCGCCAGUACAGAGCGAUCACUAUUGGAUUCUUCGCGCGUACACGAAGACAUCACGGUAUCGCUGGUGAAAAUGGCAGCCCGAUUGAAACAGGAGCAGAGGAAGCUUCAGUUCUCUCUGGAACAGGACAAGGGCAUACUCGGACGAGCAAUUGAAGGACUUGAUGUCAGCCUGAGCGGGAUGGAGGCCGCAAGCAAGAACAUGGCAUUUCUCAGACGCAUGAGCGAGGAAGAGGGGUGGUUUGGACGACUCAAGCUGUACGGCAUGAUCUUUGCGAUGUGGGUGGUGGCGUUUCUGCUGGUGUUUGUGUGUCCUAAGCUCAGGUUUGGAUGA